GUGAGAACAGAUUUCCAUCUAAGGGGCGGAUGGUUAUUUUCGUCGACGCACUGUGGAUAUAGGGAGGCUGCGACGCUGCAACGCGCCAUUCGCUGCUCGCUCUUGCCCUACGAUUGCCUCGACGCAUCCUUCAUUAUACUUACAAGUCGAACGCGUCCGCUUAUACCGUAAUAACCACCUGUCAAGAUGUGCGACGAUGAUGUUGCGGCACUGGUCGUUGAUAACGGAUCCGGUAUGUGCAAGGCCGGUUUCGCCGGAGACGACGCGCCCCGUGCCGUCUUCCCCAGCAUCGUCGGUCGCCCCCGUCAUCAAGGUGUGAUGGUCGGUAUGGGACAGAAGGACAGCUACGUCGGGGAUGAGGCGCAGAGCAAGCGAGGUAUCCUCACCCUGAAAUACCCUAUAGAGCACGGAAUCAUCACCAACUGGGACGAUAUGGAGAAGAUCUGGCACCACACCUUCUACAACGAACUCCGCGUUGCCCCCGAAGAGCACCCCGUCCUCCUCACCGAGGCCCCCCUCAACCCCAAGGCCAACCGCGAAAAGAUGACCCAGAUCAUGUUCGAGACCUUCAACAGCCCAGCGAUGUACGUCGCCAUCCAGGCCGUCCUCUCCCUGUACGCCUCCGGUCGUACCACCGGUAUCGUCCUCGACUCCGGUGACGGUGUCUCCCACACCGUGCCCAUCUACGAAGGUUACGCCCUGCCCCACGCCAUCCUCCGUCUGGACUUGGCCGGACGGGACCUCACCGACUACCUGAUGAAGAUCCUCACCGAGCGCGGAUACUCCUUCACGACCACCGCCGAGCGAGAAAUCGUCCGCGACAUCAAGGAGAAGCUCUGCUACGUCGCCCUCGACUUCGAGCAGGAGAUGGCCACCGCCGCGGCCAGCACCUCCCUCGAGAAGAGCUACGAGCUCCCCGACGGACAGGUCAUCACCAUCGGUAACGAGAGGUUCCGCUGUCCCGAGGCCCUCUUCCAACCCUCCUUCCUGGGAAUGGAAUCCUGCGGUAUCCACGAGACCGUCUACAACUCCAUCAUGAAGUGCGACGUCGACAUCCGUAAGGAUUUGUACGCCAAUACUGUCCUCUCCGGUGGUACCACCAUGUACCCGGGUAUCGCCGACCGUAUGCAGAAGGAGAUCACCGCCCUCGCUCCGUCGACGAUCAAGAUCAAGAUCAUCGCUCCCCCCGAGAGGAAAUACUCCGUAUGGAUCGGUGGAUCCAUCCUCGCCUCCCUCUCCACCUUCCAGCAGAUGUGGAUCUCCAAACAGGAGUACGACGAGUCCGGCCCAGGCAUCGUCCAUCGCAAGUGCUUCUAAGCGAAUUACCCAAUCUUCCAAUUGCCUUUCCAAUGUAUCUGUACCAGACCAAACUCAUUUUACCAAAAAAGAAAAACCAGUCGUGGAAAAACAGGAGACGUUAUAACGCGCGCAAGAAGAAGAACUACACAAGUGCUUUUAUUAUACACAUUUAUCAGACUAUAUAAUUGUACUACGUAGUUUAUUAUACAACAUAAUUAUUUGUUA